AUGAGCAGAAAGACACCGACUGACAUCCUUCUGCAGGGACUGGAGGAUCUUGCAGAGCAAGACUUAAAAAAAUUUAUACACAAAUUAUCUGAGUUUGCCUUUGAUGACAAACCCUCAAUUCCCUGGUGUAAACUGGAGAAGGCUGACAGGAUAGAUGCUGUGAGACUCCUGAAAGAACCCUAUGACCAGGAGAGCGCUGUGGACAUAGCUAUCAAAAUCUUCACUAACCUCAAUCUCAACAACUCUGCCAUGAAACUCAAACAGGAAAAAGAGACAGUUUAUAGUGUGUGGGUAGUAGCUGCUCAAUCUUCCACCAAAAUGCAAAGUAUGGUCUUAGCCAGCAAGGGGAAUAUUGCAUUGUUUGAGGCAUGCUGUAAGGAGAGAAUACAGCAGUUUGAUGAUGGUGGUUCUGAUGAAGAAGAUAUAUGGAAAGAAAAACACAUUGCGUUUACACCAGAAUCCCAGAGACGAUCCAGCUCGGGCAGUACGGACAGUGAAGAAAGUACAGACUCUGAAGAAGAGGAUGGAACAAAACAAGACUUGUUUGAAUCAAAUACCAAUACUGAAGACAAAAUGGAAGUGGACUUAAAUGAACCACCGAACUGGUCGGCUAACUUUGACGUACCCAUGGAAACUGCACAUGGUGCCAAUUUGGAUUCUGUUGGGUCUGAUGUAUGGAGCACAGAAGAACCUAUGCCAGGAAAAGAAACUGGCUGGGCUUCUUUUUCAGAGUUUACAUCUUCUCUAAGUUCGAAAGAGUCUUUAAGAAGUAAUUCUCCUGUGGAAAUGGAAACAAACACAGAACCAAUGGAUCCCCUGAGUGCAAAUGUAUCUGCACUUGCAACACAGCCAGAGGCCCAAGGAAGUGUUGCUAUGGAGGCCAGUUCAGAUGGAGAAGAUGAUGUGGAAAAUGCAGACAAGGUAACUGAGACAGUAAUGAAUGGCAGCAUGAAGGAAACACUGAGCCUUACUGUAGAUGCUAAAACUGAAACAGCUGUCUUCAAAAGGUGA